AUGUCUUCUGUUAAAACUCCAGAAACACCAUACUAUAUGGUCUCAUUAAAAUAUAAAUUAAACCCAGGUGUUGAAGGUGAAUACCAAUCUUUAAACAAGGAAUUAGAAGAAAUGUCCGAUAAACAACCUGGAUUCUUGGGUAUGGAAGAAGUCACUGACACCAAAGAUAAUACCACAAUUAAUUUAAGUUAUUGGAAAGAUGAAGAUAGUAUUGUUAAUUGGAAACAUAAUUCUAAACAUUUGCAAGCUCAAGAAAAGGCAAGAACUGAUUUUUAUAGUCAUUAUGAGUUUAGGAUUGCUAAAGUUGAAAGAGAUUAUGAAUUUACUAGUCAUAAAGCUAGUCACUGA